GCAAAGAACAAAGGGAAGCGGAAGAAGAAGGGGAAUAAGUCCGGAAAGAAGGAUAAAGGAGAUAGAGAAAUGGCACCGAAAACAACAGAAACAAGAGAAAGCAAUUUCUUUCAGUACAAACAGAAGGUACCACUGAUAGUAUUUGAUAGUGGCAUGUUUGGGAAGGACCAUGUGACGAUGAAAAUAGUCCAGACUGGUGUCACUGGUCUUCUAUACAGAACGUUGAAAAGAAGAGAGAGGACUGGUGACUUACUCGUUGUGGACAUUGAUGAAUAUUUGACAUCCCAAAUAUGUUCCAAAUGUGAAAGUAGGACUUUGGGUGGUAUUAGUGGUGCCC